AUGCAUAUUGAUCAUCAAAAUGCACCAAACCAGAACAACAGGGACAAAAAUAUAAAGGAGAAGGAAUGUGGAGCAAACCUAAAAACUGGAAAUAAUGAAGUUAGAAACUAUGAUUAUGAUACUUUAAAAAUGAGUAUAAUCAGAGAACUAAAAACCACAGAACUCAAUCCACAUACUUAUUUCAGUAACCCUUCAGUUCUUCUAAACCCUAUCAAAGAACUUGAUGGCAUAAUGAAUGCUAUAACUGAAUUUGGUUAUAAUCCAGAAGAGGGUAUAACUUUUUCAGUGUACUUCAGAAGAUAUGAAGAAAUCUUCAGGAAGAAUGUUAUGGAUGCAAGGUUAGUGGACUGUGAAUUCACAAUUCCAUACCUGGAUGAUAUGUUAAUUAAAAGUGAAUCUCGUGAUCAGCAUGUCGAGCAUGUAAAAUGUGUUUUUGAAAAAAUAAGAGAUUAUAGUUUCACACUGAAUGAGCAAAAAUGUGAAUUUUUCUCACCUAAAAUUAAGUAUUUAGGACAAAGUAUCGACAGGAAUGGAUGA